UCCCCCGACCAUGCCGAAUUUCUGCGCCGCCCCGAACUGCACCCGCAAGAGCACCCAGAGCGACCUCGCCUUUUUCCGCUUCCCCCGAGACCCCGCCCGAUGUCAGCGGUGGGUCGAGAACUGCCGAAGGGCUGAUCUGGAAGAUAAGACGCCAGACCAACUGAACAAGCAUUACAGGCUGUGCGCGAAACACUUUGAAGCUUCAAUGAUAUGCAGAAGUAGUCCCUAUAGGACAGUUUUACGGGACAAUGCUGUGCCGACCAUAUUUGAUCUGACGAGCCAUCUGAACAACCCACACAGCAGGCACAGAAAAAGAAUCAAAGAGCUGAGCGAAGAAGAAAUAAGAACAUUAAAGCAGCAGAAGGUUGAUGAAGCCUAUGAACAAGAAAAGACUAAUCCAGAGUCCACUGACGAGCUUCAGAAUCCAGCUUCUGAGGAGGGAGGAGACGAGCACAUGAAAGACGACGUUCCUUUGACUCAAGAAGAGCGGGAAAACAAAGAUUAUCUAAAAUCUUUAUUUGAAAUUCUGAUCUUAAUGGGGAGGCAGAACAUUCCACUAGAUGGCCACGGCGCUGAUGAGCUGCCCGAAGGCAUUUUUACCCCUGACAACUUCCAAGCUCUCCUGGAAUUCAGAAUAAACUCCGGCGACGAGGUCCUGCGAAAGCGGUUUGAGACCACGGCGGUGAAUCUGUCGUAUUGCUCGCAAGCCCAGCAGAAGCAAAUGUUGGAGAUCUGCGAAAGUUGUAUACGAGAGGAGACGCUCCGGGAGGUCCGAGACUCUCAUUUCUUCUCCAUUGUCACAGAAGAGGUCGUGGAUCUAGCUGGGGAGAACCAUUUGCCGGUGCUGGUGAGAUUUGUUGACGAUUCCCACAACCUGCGGGAAGAAUUCGUAGGGUUUUUGCCUUACGAGGCAGAUCCGGACAUUCUAGCCGUCAAGUUCCAUACCACUAUCAUUGAAAAAUGGGGUUUAAACAUGGAGUAUUGCCGAGGCCAAGCCUACAUUGUCUCCAGUGGGCUUGCUUCAAAGAUGAAGACUGUCGCCACGAGAAUCUUGGAAAAAUACCCCCAAGCUGUGUACACACUGUCCUCUUCUUGUGCCUUGAAUAUAUGGCUAGCCAAGUCUGUUCCAGUCUUGGGCAUUUCUAUUGCCCUUGGGACGAUAGAAGCAGUUUGCACGUUCUUUCACCAGUCGCAAGUCCUAUCGGAUUUGGACAAUGUUAUCUCCCUUCUUUUUCAGAACAGUGAGGAUAGGGGGAAGGAGCUGAAAGAAGUUAUCCGUUCACAUUGGACGUGUCGGCACGAUACCUUUGAGAUUAUAGUAGACCUAAUGCAAGCCCUGGUGCUGUGCCUGGACGGCAUAAAUGAGUCUUCCGCCCGCUGGAACACCAUGAUCGCUGGCCGAGCAUACAUCCUCUCUAGCGCGCUAGCAGACUUUGACUUUGUGGUUACUGUCGUGAUCGUCAAGAACAUCCUUUCGUUCACAAGGGCCUUUGGCAAGAAUCUCCAGGGCCAGACGUCGGACGUUUUUUUUGCAGCCAGCAGCUUAACCGCCGUGCUGCAUUCGCUGAACGAGGUGAUGGAGAACAUUGAGGUUUACCACGAAUUCUGGUUCGAGGAAGCGACAAGCUUGGCCACAAAGCUGGACCUGCCCGUUAAGGUCCCUGGGAAAUUUUGCCGAGCGCAGCAAGGGAACUUGGACUCUGAGGUCACGCCGGAAAACUAUUACAAAGAGGCCCUCAGUAUCCCAACCGUGGAGCACAUCAUUCAGGAACUGAAAGACAUCUUUUCAGAGCAGCACCUGAGAGCCCUGAAAUGCCUGUCUUUAGUGCCCUCGGUCAUGGGGCAGCUCAAAUUCAACACUUCCGAGGAACAUCACGCAGACAUGUACAAGAACGACCUCCCAAACCCAGACACGUUGUCGGCGGAACUUCAUUGCUGGAGAAUCAAAUGGAAACACAGAGGGAAGGAUAUCGAACUUCCUACCUCGAUCUACGAAGCGCUUCAUCUGCCCGACAUCAAGUUUUUCCCCAACGUGUACGCCUUGCUCAAGGUACUGUGCAUCCUUCCAUUGAUGAAGGUGGAAAACGAGAAAUUUGAAGUCGGCCGGAGGCGCUUGAAGGCCUACCUGAAAAACACUUUGACCGAACAGAGGUCUGGUAACUUGGCUUUGCUUAACAUAAACUUUGACAUCAAGCAUGACUUGGAUUUGAUGGUAGAUACAUACAUCAAACUCUAUCCUGACAAAGCAGAGUUCCAGGAGGAAUUUCUCUCCUCCAACAGUUCAGAAAUAAAAGAAGAGACUUAACAGAAGGGGAGGGGGAAUCCUUUUCUUGUUUCUUUUCACCCUUCUGAAAAAAAAACACAGGGCCUAAAAUGGAGAAAGGAUUUAUUUACUUAACCAUUGUAAAUAUGUUUCCAAUUUUAGGUAUGUGUUUGAAUGGAUUGUGAAUGGCUGGCCCUGCUUGGAUUCUGUUGCUUGUUGAUCUGUUUUGUAAAGUUAAAAAAAAAAAGUUAGAAGUCAACUUUUACCCUGGCCAUAUAUCACAGCUUUAAGUUGCCACGUUAGGAAACCAGAAUUAUUACAUAUUCCUCAGCUGUACAAAUUGUGUACAAAUAUCCAAAGGGGAUUCCAUUUUUUUUAAACUAAGCAAAAUAUGUUAGUUACUUUUUGGGAUCUCUUCAUUGCCUCUGCCUCCUUUCACCCCUAGAGAAAUACUGUAGACGGCUUGAAUUUAAAUGAACGAUUGGAAUGGUCUAGAUCCAUGUACAGGAGAGUGCUGGCAUCCAUCACAUGUCUGGAAUUCGACUGAAAUCUCUGGGACUCCCCCCAUGCAAUUUUGCAAGCGUCCCCCCACCCCCACCCCUCCACUGGUGAUGCCUGCUUGGCUCUCCCAAAGGAAUGUUUCAGGAGUCACGAAGCAUAUUUAGGUAAAUAGCAACUUGAUUUGACCCGUUUACUCUUGUACACAUUCCACUGCAUUACCUGCCUCUUGGCCUCUUUUAAUGUUUUUAUGAACGGGAGGAAAACUUUUUCCAGAAAUUAAGCUGUCUUGCAAAAAAAUAAUAAUAGUAAUCAAGAUGCUAUGAGCAUCCAAAUCUUGUUCUGAAUUCAGCGAGACUUAAAUGGAGAUACAAACAUCACCCCUUGCCCUUCCCAGGUGUGAAUUAUAAACCUAGAACUGACAGAACAGCAAAGAAGAGGGGGCCGUGGUGUUGGUUUCAUUUUAUGUUAGAAAUCCUAUGAAAUGUUUCUCCUGAUAUUUUUUGGCAAGGGGGAAAAAAACACCGAUUUUUGUAUAGUUUUAUUUCCAUCCAGAAUAAACUGUGAAUUUUCUA